AAUUCCCGGUGGCACUGCCACAACUGCAUAGCGAUUGUAUCCUCUAGUUGCUAACCUCCCUUGCGAUGGCCACGUUUUCCUCGCACCCAGUCAUCAUCGACGGCAAAGGCCAUUUGUUAGGCCGGUUGGCAUCCGUUGUGGCCAAGCAGAUCAUUUCCGGUCAAAAGAUCAUUGUUGUUCGAUGUGAAGAGAUUAAUAUUAGUGGAAGCUUCUUCCGUAAUAAGCUGAAAUUCCACCGCUACUUGAACAAACGCCAUCUUGUCAAUCCUAAGAAAUCCGGUCCUUUCCACCACCGUGCGCCAUCACGGAUUUUCUUCAAAGCUGUUCGUGGGAUGAUACCUCACAAGACUGGUCGUGGAAGUGCCGCGUUGGCCCGGUUGAAGCUCUUUGAGGGUGUUCCUCAACCAUAUGACCGCAAGAAGAGAAUGGUCGUUCCAGAGGCCUUGAGGGUCUUAAGGCUAAAGCCUGGUCGCAAAUACUGCACUAUUAAGCGUCUGUCGCAUGAAGUCGGCUGGGGUUACAAGGACGUCGUUGAACGUCUCGAAGAGAAGAGAAAGCUUAAGGCGCAGGCAUUCUACGAACACAGGCUCGCUGCCAUCAAGCAGCGUGGAAAGGCUGUUCGAGAGGCUAACCCAUCUUUCCCUCAACUCACCGCCCUUGGAUACUAGAUGCUCCAUAAUCGAACCAUUCACCCUGAAGCGUGAUAAUAAACUUUUUCACGACCUCCCUUGCUUCCCCUGAAUCAUCCGCUGAUUAUGGCAUCACAUGCGUUUUCUUCACCUUAUACGGGCAUUCUCUUUCUGCCUCGCACGUAUUUGUAUGUAAGACAAUAUAUGCCAUGCUCCUGGUGAUACCGCCUUGCGUGACUUCUGAGGUGUAAUUGGCCGGUCUCACUCAAACUGCCUGUAAUACGAUUAUUUCAACCCAAAAUAU